AUGAAUUACAAGGCUGUACGAAAGUUUGGCUGGCUGCUUCGAAAGGUCUGCCGCAACAUGUAUGACCAAAUUCAUGUGGAUGAGACGGGUUUGACUCAAAUUCGCGACCUUCUGGCUGAUCGUCGUGGAAGUGUGGUACUUGUCCCUACCCAUCGAUCGUACGUUGACUUCUUGCUCAUGAGCUACGUGUUUUUCGCCUACAAUAUCCCUGUUCCUUACGUUGCUGCUGGAGAAGAUUUUUUACACAUGGGCACCCUCACGAAGUUAUUACGCGAGUCCGGAGCCUACUUUAUUCGCCGAUCGUUUUCUGAUGAUCCUUUGUACACUGCUGUCUUCCGAGCUUAUACCCAAUACUUGGUAUCGAGAGGACACACGAUCGAAUUUUUCAUUGAAGGGUCUCGCAGUCGCAGUGGCAAGCAGCUGCACCCGAAAUUUGGCAUUCUUAGUACCGUUGUCGAUUGCUACUUAUCCGAGAAAGUCAAGAAUCUCUACAUCGUACCAGUGACGAUCGACUAUGAGAAGCCGUUGGAAGUGCUGCUACACCAGAGCGAGCUCCUGGGCGAGGGCAAAAUCCGCGAGUCUAUCACCGCUUUGUUUAAAGCCAUGCCGGUGGUGCGCAAGAAGUUUGGCUCGAUCUCAGUGAAGUUUGGUGUGCCGUUGGAUGUCAAGCAGUAUGUGGAUGCGACGUUAGCGCGUGCCGGGAAGCAAGAGGUCUCUGCGCCGACUUCAGCUAUUGUCGAAGAUCUGGGAUACGCCAUCACGGAUGCAUUGAUUGAGAACGCAACGUGUGCGAUGUCACACGUGGUAGCCACUAUUCUAUUAGUGUAUCGUCAAGGAAUAUCAAAGCCGGAGCUUGUGCGCCAAGCGGGUCGGUUGAGGCUGGAAAUUUUGCGUCGGGGAGGUCGUGUGGUGGGCACGCAAGGCCGCUCACCUACUGACGUCGUAGAUCGCGCGCUCGAACUUCUGCACGAGCUCGUUAUCAUGCGACGUAAGGACCUCGUCGAGCCUGCCGUCACCAGCCGCGAGCAAUACCCGAACAUGAUCGGUCUGGGCUACUAUCGCAACAAGUUGCUGCACUGGUUUAAUCGUGAGGGCGUGCUGGCUUGUGCUUACCAUGCUCUGGACGCGUUCAACUCGCACUCUGGCAAGGCCAGUUGGGUAUCAAGCACCUUGGGUGAAGCAGGUGUAGACCGUCAAGAGCUGCUCGAUGGCGCAUCGUUCCUGCACAAAAUGCUGACGAUGGAGUUUGUUCGCAAGGAUGAUCCGGUGGCUGAUAGUGUUCACCUUGCAAAGGCGCUAGAACAUCUUGAGUCUCGCAAAGUGUUCAUAUCUACAGCGGCUGCAUCGUCAUCAGUCCGCGUGGAAGCAGUCGACAGUGUGAUGCUCUCGCUGCUAGGCACCCUCGUCUGGCCUUUCAUCGACAGCUACUGGGUCGCUGUCACGAGUCUGUUCGCUUUGCGGCCACACGGUGAAGUGACGACAGAGGACUUGCUCAAGCGCUUACAAUGGCUUGCAGAGACGAUGUACCAUGAGAAACUCAUCAGCUUCUACGAGUCGUGCUCGCGCGAGACGCUGCAGAACGCUUUGGCAUUGCUGGAAGGAUGGAGUGUCCUUGCAAGUCGCCGCCGAGCACCGACAGGGAAGAAGAGCGCGUCCAAAGUGAGCAAGCCAGCGGUGCAGCUCCUGAGCUUGACUCCAGAGUACGCGAUAGAUGGCGAGCUGGAGCAGCUUGCCAUGCGAGUCUCCAGGUUCCGCAAGUUGCCUCCUGGCGUGCAUCCCGCCACAACUAGUGAGACCGAGGUGCUCGCACGUUUGCCUGCUCUCUCUCGCAUGUAG